GACGGUUAUCAUCAAUUGUUCUGCAUAAGAUCUAGAAGUGUUAUGCCUGGCCCGGUGAUCGGCCUGGAACUUUGGCGAGCUGAGAGACAAGUAGUGGUCUGCGAGGUUCAGUGAAGUAGUGAUUGUUCUUUGGCUUUGAGCAACAAAUCGAGGCUCUUUGGAUGGCAAUUUAGGGAGGCUAGAAGCUGUGGGCCGCUCCCAAUGGCCAUUCUAUAGUUUCCGUUCUUCGCACCCGCAUCAUGUGGUUUGGUUCAGGAACUCAAAACAACAACGCAAAAUCACAUUUCGCCGAAUCACAUCUGGAAUUCGACCCAUUAGCACUUGCCUAUUCAGGACUAUCGCAAGAAUAUACUUGUAAAUGUUUGUGUGGUUGGGGAGUAUUGCUCGGCGAUUGGUCUCUUUGGACCAGGAACAAUACUAAUGCGAACAAUAGUAAGGCCACGCAUCGUCGUACACGACACCAAAAAAGGAACACUGGCACGACUCCUGCUUUAUCUCUCUGCAGGCAUUGCAAGGCCUUUCUUUGACUGUAACUCUUCCUUGAUCGUGAAAGCAUCUCUUCUACGUUGGACAUGGACAGAUAUAAAUAUGAGGUGGAUCAACCAGCUCAAGACACUUUCUCUAUCCGCCAGAACAUCCGAUCAUUUCUACACACACUCACUCAUUCUUCAACCAAAAACAACAAACAAACACCAUCAAAAUGAAGGGCCCAAUGCAACGCGGAGUCAUCGGAGGUGCCCAGUGCACUGUCCAACGUGGAGUCAUCGGCGGCGCCCAGUGCACCGUUCAGCGAGGCGUCAUCGGUGGUGCUCAAUGCACCGUCCAGCGAGGUGUCAUCGGCGGUGCACAAUGUACCGUUCAGAGGGGCGUCAUCGGCGGUGCUCAGUGCACCGUUCAACCCCAGUAGAUGCACUCUCUUGAGUGUAGUCUACCCGGGAUGAGUUUCCCAGGAGAUGCUUUGACCGGACA